AUUUACUUCAAAAUACCCUUCUAUUUUUUGUUUUUUAAGGUGUAGUUGUAAAAUCUAAUUUUGUGUAAUGACCCCCCGUAACAUUCAAUCAUGGCUCUGCCCGAGCUUAUGUUUAAUUGAUAUUUUAUGCUGGUUGAGAAGGUAAAAUGAACUUAUGUUGUCUAAUAAACUAUUACUACUACUAUUUUUUUAUGAAAUCAAACACACAGCUAUAUGAAAAGUUAAUUUUGAGUAGAGUUUUAAAUCAAUGCGAGGGAGCCGAGCAAUUGUGUCGAACUCUGUGCACAUACUACGGUGUUAAUUUUAGGUGAUGAACUGAAAAAGUAGCAGAAAUAUUGAAAGAAUGAGACUUCAAUACAUAACUUCCGCUCUAAAGAACCGAAACCAGCAGCACCACCUUUUACUUUCUUCACGCUCCUUCUCUCGACUCCUCUCGCAAUCUGAAUCUCACAGAGCUGCCUCUGCUUCUUCAUUUGGCAUUGCAUUUGAUAUCGACGGCGUCAUUCUGCGCGGCGAAUCUCCAAUCGGCGGCUCUCUUCAUGCUCUCCCUCGGUUAUAUCAUCAUUCCGGUGCUUUGAAGAUUCCCUUUGUAUUCUUGACCAAUGGAGGUGGCUUUCGCGAAUCUAUUAGAGCUAUGGAGUUGAGUAAACUUCUAGGCGUCAAUAUUUCAGCAUUGCAGGUUUUACAAGGUCAUACGCCUUUUAAACAGCUGGUGAAUAGAUUUGAGAAUGAAUUUGUUAUUGCAGCUGGAAAAGGAGAACCUGCUGCAGUGAUGUCUGAAUAUGGAUUUAAAAAUGUUCUCUCAAUAGAUGAAUAUGCAUCUUAUUUUGAUGGCAUUGAUCCACUAGCACAAUAUAAGACAUGGACAACUAAGCCGACUGCUAAAUGGAGUCAUACUUCACAGCAGAUGACUAAAAGAGACGACAUCCACUCACAGAGAGUUCAGGCAGCAUUUAUUGUUAGUGAUCCUGUUGAUUGGAGCAGAGACAUUCAGGUUCUGUGUGACAUUUUAAGAACUGGAGGUCUCCCUGGGAGGGAGAUUGGACAUCAACCCCACUUAUAUUUUGCGAAUGAUGACCUUGCCUAUCAGGCUACUUUUCCUCCAGAGCGCCUUGGAAUGGGAGCUUUCAGAAUUGCAUUAGAAUCAGUCUUCAACAGAGUUCACACCAAAAAUCUGGAAUAUACAUCCUUUGGAAAGCCAAAUCCAUUUGUAUUCAAAAAUGCUGAAACUGUCCUAAAGCAGCUUGUCCCGUCUCUUCAAUGUGGGAAUGAAGCUGUGGAUCUCGUGAAUGGUGAAAUUCAUAAUUUUAACACACUAUAUAUGAUAGGAGAUAAUCCUUCAGUUGAUAUUAGAGGUGCAAGACAGGCUGGACAACCCUGGUUUUCUAUCUUGACAAGGACAGGGGUUUUCAAGGGAACAGAAAAUCACACCGAGUUUCCAGCAGAUCUGGUUGUUGACACUGUGGAAGAUGCUGUGGACUAUAUUUUGAGCAAAGAGUGUAAAUAGCACACAAGGACAUUCAUCUACAAUGAGAGGGAAGUCUGAUAUUGCCAUUUAUCAGUCCCUAAAACUAUUCUUGCCAGAUUUACUAUUGGCUCACGGAUUACGUUAUGAAUAUUAUUUUCUAUUUAAUGGCAACAAAUUUGUGAUUGUCAUGUAUACAUUUCAAGGAAGCUCACCUGGGUCAAGAGUUUCACAUUCAUCACAUUGUUUCUGAAAGCAACUCUCUUUAUGUUGGUUGUAGCGUUUCAUAGUUUUACCGAAGAUCGCUUGUAAGUUGGUGGAAUAAUACAAGAUUGUAGGAAUUUAUUUUCUCA